AUAUAUAAAGCUAAAGCUAUCCCAAUAUAUACAGAUCUCACUCUCUCCCUCACUUCCAUUUUCAAACCAUACCCAUGCCUCUCCCUCAGCCACCACCACUCCUCCCCCUCCUCCUCCUCGUUGCCUUCCUCAUCCUCCUACUUCCCGCUCCCUCAGUCUCUGCUGCUACCACAAGCACAUCCAAUGCCACCACCACCACCACCCAACAAUUUAGGGAAGCCCCUCAAUUCUACAACUCCCCAGACUGCCCUUCCAUCACCCCCCUCCACCACGACGACUUGGACCCCGACGAAUCAGACGAUGACCACAUGAUGAUCUGCGCCUAUCAGGCCGUCCAUGUGGCAAUGACACUCGACACCGCCUACAUCCGCGGCUCCAUGGCCGCCAUCCUCUCCGUCCUCCAACAUUCAUCCUGCCCCCAGAACGCCGUCUUCCACUUUGUCGCCUCCGCCACCGCCAACGCCUCCCUACUCCGCGACACAAUCUCCUCCUCCUUCCCCUACCUGAAAUUCCGAAUCUACCACUUCGACGACUCCCACGUCUCCGGCCUCAUCUCCAUCUCCAUCCGCUCCGCUCUCGACUGCCCCCUCAACUACGCCCGCAGCUACCUCGCCGACCUCCUCCCCCUCUGCGUACGACGCGUCGUCUACCUCGACUCCGACCUCAUCCUAGUCGACGACAUUGCCAAGCUCGCCGCCACCCCCCUCGGCCCCUCCUCCGUCCUCGCCGCCCCCGAGUACUGCAACGCCAACUUCACUACCUAUUUUACCCCUGCCUUCUGGUCCAACCCCUCCCUCUCGCUCACCUUCGCCGACCGCAAGGCCUGCUACUUCAACACCGGCGUUAUGGUCAUCGACCUCGACCGCUGGAGAGGCGGCGACUACACCACGAAGAUCGAGGAGUGGAUGGAGCUGCAGAAGCGGAUGAGAAUCUACGAGCUCGGCUCGCUACCGCCUUUUCUGCUGGUGUUCGCCGGAAACAUAGCGCCGGUGGAGCAUAGGUGGAACCAGCACGGGCUCGGAGGUGACAACUUCAGAGGGCUUUGCAGAGAUCUGCAUCCAGGUUCGGUGAGUUUGUUGCAUUGGAGCGGGAAGGGAAAGCCAUGGGCGAGGCUCGAGGCCAACAGGCCUUGCCCUCUGGAUGCUCUCUGGGCUCCUUAUGAUCUCUUGGUAACGCCAUUUGUUUUGGAUUCAUGAAAGUGUGGAACAAAACGGUGCGUUCUGGGUUUGAGAUGUGAAGCCGCCGCAGACUGUGAAUUGUGCGUCGUCGUCUGAUGAUGAGCUCGCUCGCUCGUGAUGAUCAGUCUUCGCUUGGAAAUGCGAUUGAAGAAGGGUGGUGGAAGGAAACAUAAUUGAAUUGUAUGUAGAUGAUGACACAGGUACAUCUGGAAAAUAUGUAUAAAAAAAGACUCAUGACAUAUACUCAAAUGUAAUAAAAAUGGAAUAAGUCAUGAAUUUUUGUCACCAAUAAAAGUGUGAUAUAUAAUGCGUAAUUGUAUCAUAUUCGUCUGUAAUUCAUGUAUAGCAAAAGAGCUGUUUUAAUUUGGUGGCUUAAUUCAUAAUAUUUUGAUUUCAAUGAGUAAA